GAGAUCAGUGGGAUUUUUGCCGUGGGAACAAUAGAACGGACUGGCGGGCAGAAAUGCAGCGGAUUCUGAGCGUUGAGACCAGCAGAAACUCGGGAAACGCGGAAUCUUCUGAGUUUGUCACCAAAAGACUUUGUUGCAGUGUUAUACUUACCGUUACGUUUUUCUCACUUAUUGGAGGUUUUUUUCUGGGUAGAUUCGUGUCAGAAAGAUCCGGCAACCAAAUCCGAGCUGAUUUUCAGGAGCUGUCGAGGAAGGUGAACGCAUUGAACAAUAAUUUCCAACGAGCUUUCCCUUUAGACUUCUUCAACGACACUGGCUGCAACAAAACACUGUUCCUGAAGUGCAACUUUUCAGUGAUAGGAAAAAAUGAUACAGGAAGUCUUUUGGCCAGAGACUAUCUUAGGAUGUUGAACGACUGUUUUGGAUACGGCUAGUUUUUAGGAAUGGAAUAAAUUUUGCGGAAAAAGACUUGAUUGGAUGACAGCAUUUCGUUGGAGCCAUAUCGUCGAAUUGUUAUUUUAAAUAAGACUGAACAUUAUAGCUGGGGUAUUUUUAGUUUCAAGGAACUAUUUUUAUUGCAAUAAAUUUCGUUAAAUACUUUGUUAAAUAUAUACAUAUUUCGUAAGAGGAGAAAUACAUAUGUGUAUAUAUUAUAGUAAAACGUUGAUGACUUUUGCAUAGACAAAUUUUGUUAUUCCUAAAAGAAAAUAGUUUGUACCUAAGUUAGUAACUGUUAAAAAUGAAUUUGUUUGAUCAUCACUCAAUAAAAUUGUCUUAGAAUGAUAAAAUAUAACUAAAAAUAAAAGAAAGUGGAACAGAA